AUUAACACAAUUGUAUUUUUAAUUGCAAAUAAAUAUUUGUCAAAAUUAUUCCGCAGAUUUAACUAAUAACAGUAAUUUAACAGUAAUAUUUUGCAGUUUUGGUUUAACUUGGUACCUGCCAAAAUGGCAGACCCGACCACGCCUUUUGGUUACCUGGUGCUUUAACGCCGCCUUUGCUCCUGACACACACUCACACACACACAUACAGGAAGCGGAGGAGUUGUGUCUGCUUUUCACGUAAACGAAAAGGAAAAUGUGGCGCACUUAAAGUCGCACCUCUGGACGAGAAGCGAUGAAAUAUGCGCAGAUAUCUGGACCACAUUUCCUCCGGAUCAAAUAGAAGAACAUUAUAGGACAGCAUGUCGUCAUCGGGAGUCGCGUUUCAGCUUUUACUUCUUGCAUUCAUCGCCUUCCCUGUAUCAGGGGUCCAGAAGCUGACCGUCAUCCCGGUCAGGGGCACCUACCUCAACAUCAGCAGUAGUCAUGUCAAAGGUUGCAAAGUGUGCACAGGGGCCGGACGCUCACGACAAUGUAGUCCAUCCCUCGUGAUAAAAGACAGCGCUCCUGUCUCAAUGGAGUUUGAAUGCUCCAGACCUCAGACCUCUGAUGUAUUCAGAGUGGAAAUUGUGCGGAAUAUAGAAUGUACCACAAAGUUGUGCAAUGGCCACAUCAUCCAGGCUGACUCCGACUCACUUCCUUUGCUGGAUUUUAACCGCAAGUUCACCUGGAACCUGAAGGCAUCUGCGACGAAAGCGUUCAAAAUAGACUUCAACAAGUUGGGUGUGAGACAGAUCAAUCCGUCUGAGAGAUGUCCAGACAGACACAGCUACACCCUGCAGGCCUUCCAGGCUACAGGGAACGUGGCCGUGGGGAAAUACUGCAGAAUGGGACCCGUCGGUAGUGCUCAGAUACUGAAUCAAGGGAGCUUUUCUCUGGACGUCCCAGCAGGGCAGAAGCUGCAAAAUGCCCAGUUUGAUGUGUCUGUCGGGGAGGAAAUCAAAUCUCUUGCUAAAAUUACACUGACGUUACCAAAAGGGACCUCGUCCUCAGAGUUGUUCUCUCCAAACUACCCGGACGGUUUUCCUGACGACGGCGUGAUGGAGUGGUACUUUCAGGUGCCGGACAAACAAAAGACAGCCAUUCAGUUCUUGAAUCUCACACAGCCGCAUUGUGUGAAGAAGGGGACGGCGGUGGAGUACCACAGCACAGGUAGAGGGGCGUCGGUGCGGAGUCUGACAGACCCGCAGCCGGACCACAUCCAGGGAAAGUUCACCCUGAAGCUGAGGAACUGCGAGACGGACAGAAGAAGUGUUGGUUCUGCUGGACUGUCGGUAAACUUCAAGGUGUCUUCCUCAAGUGCAAGCUCAUCAGUGUCGUGUGAAGUGGAUAUGAGCAAAAUGGAUGGCCUUUCUCUUCACAUCGAGAGGUUGAGGUCGGCCUCCGUCUGCAUGAUGAAAAUAAACUCUGUGCCGAAGGAGAAGAUCACAGUGACGUCAAAGAGUAAGCUGACUUUCCAGGACUGCUUUCCUGAAGACGUACAAGUCACCGCCACGAGAGUCAUAAAGUGCAGUCGACUCAAAGACUGCCCGAAGAAGCCGGACCGUCUGUCGGUGCCUGCGCUGCCGCCCUGCUUCCCUUUCCCUCUGAGCAGUGUGACCUGGACUCUCCGUCCCCCUCAGGGCGGCACAGUGGAGCUGUCCUCUCCCACUGAGCUCCUCAAGCAGUCCCUACCUGGGCAGCAGUGCAACGACAGCAUCAUUAUCACAAUGGCCGAAAGCGACGGCACUACUAUCGGAGACUUCUGCCCUCAGGGAGCCAUAAAGACGGUCCAAAUCCACACCAACAUGACUGUCACUGUGUCCCGCGUGGAGGGUAAAGCACUAAGCACGCCCCUCAAGCAUAUGCUGAGUGCCAUUUUUAAAGAGGGGAUAGCAGAAAGUUACAUAUUCACUGUAUUUCCAAAGAGAGACACUCCUGUCCAUUUGGCUACUCCUGGUUGGCCAGUAGGAAUGAAGUCUUUCACCACCGUCUCCUGGAUCGUCGCCGUCCCCUCGAAGAUGGACGCUCACCUGAUGUUUGCCAACCUCAGCCAGCCCAAGUGCAGCAACCGCCACACUAGAAUCAGGGUGCAGAGAGUCGGCUACCUGGAGGAGGAUUACAGCCGCAGGGAGGACGAGCAUGCCGAGAGCGAGAUCACCGUCACUUCGAACUUCUACCUAAACAUGUCCAACUGUAAGCCUGAAAGAGGGGACUUCAGCGUCAUCACCAAGGUCACCCUGCAGAAGAGCCGUCUGCUGACCAUCAUCCUGAGUGCGGUGGCUGCUCUGUUGGUCAUUUUUGUCAUCGUGCUGGUAGCUGCCUGUGUGGUGAUUAGGAAGAAGAAGAAGCUGAGUCAUCAAGUGUCCAUCUACAAUCCAAACGGCACCAGCUUCCUGCCAGGACACAACGGCUUCCCAAAAACACGCGAGGACAACGAGUCCCACGUGUACGCCUCCAUUGAGGACACUCUGGUCUACACGGACCUGCUGAGGAAGGGGGCAGAGAUGGGGGUCUACGGGGAGUUUGACACAGACCGGCCCUUCACGGGGCACACAGACUCACAAAAGCCACUGGUCUGUAGCAACGCCGAUACAGACGACAUGCCAGUCGGGGCUUACCAGCAGUUUCAGGCUCCUCCACUUCCCGUCAGGCCCCCGAGUCACAUCCAACCCCUGGUGGACAAUGUGAUUUACCAGGCUGGAAGUGAAGAGGAUCGCUCUCCCAAUCUGGGGCCGCGGCUGGAGCCGGAGGGAGGGAACUGAGGAGGAGAUUGGAUUGAGCUCUCUACUUUUCUCUUGACCUACUUGAACUUUGAGAUAUUCAUUCCCUGGCAUCCUUGUGAUUACCCGCCUUGCAAGAAGCCGUUGUUUUUUUUUCUGUCGAGCGUAGUUUUGCACCAAAGCCACGGCACACUAAAUAACCCUGUUGAAACCCGCCUGCAGCUCUUACCUUGUUUCAUCUUUUAUGAAGACGGAACAUAAUCAUCCUCUUUACACCAGUUUUGCCGCUAUGAAAAGAUCUCGUUGUUACUUUUAGAUAAUUAAUAUUUUUCUAUGAUAUAUUUUGUACAUAUCACAGUUUUUUUUUACGCAUGAGCAAACUCAUGUGCUGCUUACAUGCAGAGUUUUAAAUUUCCAUCAUUAAACAGACGAAUAGAGAGGACUCCACUGCUGCACUUUUAUGGCAUCAUCACAACAUGAUGGCCUGUAUUGCAGGAGAUUGCAACAGCAGUGUACGGACUCGUAUCGUUCUGUUGUUUAUCACUGCUUUUACAGCAGCUAUGGAGACUUCUACAUACUGCCAUGUGCCUUACAGAGAGGGCAAUGCACUCCUGCUAAUACAGUUUAGGAUCUUAGUUGUUUUUCGUUUUGUAAAAGAAGAAAAAAAAAAAAGAGUGCUUUUGUUCUUUUUUUUGGACCCAUUUUGGACUGAUCUGCUGCUAGCUACGUGAUGUGUUUCUGUGGUCAUUCAGGGACUUGUUUUUGUUCUCUACUUGUGUCUCAUGACGAAUGACAAUCCCUAGUCAGAGACCAUGUUUUACUAUUUGUUCUGAAGACCACAGAUCCCUUCUGACAUUAAAAAGCCUUUGUACAAACUUCA